AUGGCUCCGGGUUGUUUUUUUUUUUCCCGUUGUCGCUGUGCCGCUUGGGGUGUGUGCCUUUCUGCCUUCUGCCCGCCCGAGGUCCGAAGGCGCGGGAAUCCACCCCAACAUCCAUGCCCAUGGCGUUCUUUGCCGUCCGCAUGGGGCUCAGAUUUUCCUGCGGAAAGAAUGGGGGCGGUUCCCCUCGGAAACGGCAGACCGAGGGGCCCCUUCCCGCCAUUGGGUUGGUGGUUGUUUUAUCGUGCCGCCGGGGAUCGUUUUGGCGCUGGGCGGGGUGUCGGGCGCCAGGCCCGAAGUAAUACUGAUACAAUUGGUGAAUGUCAAGUGGCGGCAUUGGGCCGAUUAAACGGAAGGGCGUUGUUCGCCCAACGCUUCCGAAACCGGCAGGGCGAUUGGCGGCGCCUUUUUGGGUGGGCAAAGUGA